AAGCCUCGCGGCUGGAGCUUCGGGAUCCGGCACUCGGACUUCCUGGCUCCGAUGGUGACCCAAGCGGAUAACUGACCCGCCCCGCGGGCGCAGUUCCCCAAUGUCACUAAAAGCUCCAGCGCAGCUGCGUGUCCGCCUCUCUGCCCGCGGCGAUGGCGGCUCCAGGACCCGCGGUCCCGCGUGGUUUCCUCCCCGGGGGCGGGAGCGGCGGCGCCCCUGACCCGCUGCCGGAGCCGAAACCGCUCCUGGAGCUGAUCCGCCUGAAGCGCGACGGAGGCCGCCUGGGCGAGGCGGACGUCAGGGCCUUCGUGGGCGCCGUGGCGGACGGGAGCGCACAGGGCGCGCAGAUAGGUGCCAUGCUCAUGGCCAUCCGACUGCGGGGCAUGGACAUGGAGGAGACGGCAGCGCUGACCAGGGCCUUGGCCGAGUCCGGGCAGCAGCUGGAGUGGCCAGAGGCCUGGCAGGGGCAGCUCGUGGACAAACAUUCCACAGGGGGCGUGGGUGACAAGGUCAGCCUGGUCCUGGCACCUGCCCUGGCUGCCUGUGGCUGCAAGGUUAGAAGCCCAUCUCUCCAAACUGGAACCACUGACCCAAGAAAGCCAGCAGUCCAGUCCCCCACUCGGCAGCUCUCACCUGGGCUAGCCCAGGCAGAACCACCAAAGGUGCCAAUGAUUAGUGGACGCGGCCUGGGGCACACGGGGGGCACCUUGGAUAAGCUGGAGUCUAUCCCUGGAUUCACUGUCAUCCAGAGCCCAGAGCAGAUGAGAAAGCUGCUGGAGCAAGUGGGCUGCUGUAUCGUGGGCCAAAGUGAGAAGCUGGUUCCUGCGGACGGAAUCCUUUACGCAGCCAGAGACGUGACAGCCACCGUAGAUAGCCUUCCCCUCAUCACAGCCUCCAUCCUCAGUAAGAAGGCCGUGGAGGGACUCUCGGCUCUGGUAGUGGAUGUGAAGUUCGGAGAGGCCGCGGUUCUCCCCAGCCAGGCACAAGCCCGGGAGCUGGCUGCGGCACUGGUGGGGGUUGGGGCGGGCCUUGGGCUUCGGGUCGCGGCCGCCCUGACCGCCAUGGACACCCCCGUGGGCCGCAGCGUGGGCCACGCCCUGGAGGUGGAGGAGGCGCUGCUCUGCCUGGACGGCGCGGGCCCCCCGGACCUGCGGGACCUGGUCACCAGGCUGGGUGAGGGGACGCAAGAAAGGAGGAGCCUGGGCAGCGCCCCCCCCCCCGCCGGGAGCCCCCACCCCGUGGCUCUAAGCCUUGCCCGCCGCCAGGGGGCGCCCUGCUCUGGCUCAACCGACAGGCGGAGGCCCAGGCCGAGGGCGCCGCCCGGGUGGCCGCGGCGCUGGACGACGGCUCGGCCCGGGGCCGCUUCGAGCGGAUGCUCGCGGCGCAGGGCGUGGACCCGGGCCUCGCUCGCGCCCUGUGCUCCGGGUCCCCGGCGCGGCGCCGGGAGCUGCUGCCACGCGCCCGGGAGCGGGAGGAGCUGCGCGCGCCCGCCGACGGUGAGCGCCGGGGGGUCGUCCGCCGCCCGCCCCGCGCCCUGCCCCGCGCCCGCCCCCAGCCCCGCGCUCGCGCCCUCUCCCCGCAGGCACCGUGGAGCACAUCCGGGCACUGCCGCUGGCGCUGGUGCUGCGCGAGCUCGGGGCCGGGCGCAGCCGCGCCGGGGAGCCGAUCCGGCCGGGAGUGGGCGCCGAGCUGCUGGUGGGCGUGGGCCAGAGGCUGCGCUGCGGUGCGCCCUGGCUCCGCGUGCACCGGGACGGCCCCGCGCUCAGCGGCCCUCAGCGCCGCGUCCUACAGGGGGCGCUCGUGCUCUCGGACCGCGCGCCCUUCGCUGCCCCCUCGCUCUUCGCGGAGCUCGUCCUGCCGCCCGCGCAUGGACCGACGGACACGCAGAAAUAAAGCCCGAAAGCUGGAAACCGUGUCCACUUCCUUGCGCCGGGGGUCCCGGGCACACUGCUGGAAAGAGGGGCGGGGGAGGUCUUUCCCUUCCGGACCGCCACAUUUUGCGCACGCGCACUGCUGAGCCCAGCCCGUGCCACGCCUGCCUGCCCUGGCGCGUGCGCGGCGCCGCUGGCGCGUGCGCUCUGGUGUCGAGCGUGGCGGCGGCUGCAGUGCGGCCGCUUGGCCCGGCGGUGAGGUUGGUGGUGCUCGGGCGUCUCUAGCUGCGGUCCAGGCCGUGUCCGACACGCGGCACCGACGUCGGGCCCCGCGGUGGGUCGGAGACUCCGCAAGGGCGCCGGGGGGUGGCGCGGGGACCCCCCACGUCCUGACCCGUUCGGGCCCUGGGCGGGAGCGCGGUGCUGGCCGGUGCGAGCGACGGGCCCAGCCGGGCAGGCCCGCGCAACCCUCCUCCGGCUCCCGACACCUGCGCUCUCUUCCAGGCGCG